AUGGAGCCAGCUCACCCCCCUCCAACAUACGGUAACGUAGAUUUGGAGAAGGACCAACUGCCCCGAACAUCCCACACUUUCAAGGAUCACCGCCGUGGUAGUCAAUUCAGCGCUGAAAAUGCCCCCGUUGUCAACGAAGAUACGAACGAACUGAAGCGGAAUCUUCAUGGCCGACAUAUGCAGAUGAUUGCUAUCGGUGGCGCGAUUGGAGCAGGUCUUUUCGUUGGAUCUGGUAAAGCGUUGUCUAAUGGUGGCCCCGCCAGUUUGCUCCUUUGUUUCAUGAUCAUUGGUGUCAUGAUGAUGCUGAUGAUGCAAGCUCUGGCCGAAUUAGCUGUCAUGUAUCCCGUAAACGGAGCCUUUUACAUGUAUAUUGUGCGGUUUGUUGAUCCGUCCUGGGGUUUCGCAAUGGGUUGGGAUUACGCGAUUCAGUGGCUGACUAUUUUGCCAUUCGAGAUCACAGCAGCGGGCCUUACAAUUGACUAUUGGCACAAGUACAACAUUGGAAUCUGGAUUGCAGUCUUCCUAACUAUUUUGGCUGUUAUUCAAAUUUUCGGCGUGCGCGGAUAUGGUGAAGUGGAAUUUCUCCUCAGCAUGAUCAAAAUCGCUGCCUGUACUGGAUUUAUCCUCUUCGGCAUCAUCGUCAACUGUGGUGGUGUUUCUACUGACAACCGCGGCUAUAUCGGUGCUCGAUACUGGCAUGAUCCUGAACAGGCCUUCAGAAAUGGGUUCAAGGGCUUCUGCAGUGUGUUUGUCACAGCAUCGUUUGCCUUCGGUGGUACGGAACUUACUGGCCUCGCUGCAGCCGAGGCCGCCGAUCCGGUAAGGGAGAUUCCAAAGGCUACUAAGCAGGUCUUCUGGCGCAUUACAUUCUUCUAUGUGGUCAAUCUCUUCGUCCUUGGCCUCAUCGUUCCUUCCAGCUCCACCGUUCUACUUGGCUCUUCUGGAGCGAACACCAAGGCCUCCCCAUUCGUUCUUGCAAUCCAAAUGGCUGGAGUCAAGGGUCUCCCUUCCGUAUUCAACGCUGUUAUCACGAUUGCUGUCAUUUCGGUUGCCAACUCUGCCACAUACGCCUCCACUCGAACAAUUCAAGCAAUGGCUGCUAAUGGAAUGGCACCUAAACUACUCGCGUAUGUUGACAAGAAGGGUCGGCCAAUCCCAACCGUCAUCCUCCAGCUCCUCUUCGGUCUCUUGGCUUUCAUUAAUGAAGCUUCAGAGACAGGAGGCACGAUUUUUGGCUGGCUUCUCGCUCUAUCCGGUAUUGCAAACUUCUUCGUGUACGGCAGCAUUUGUCUCGCCCAUAUUCGGUUCCGGAGGGCUUGGGCGUUGAAGGGACAUUCGAAAGAAGAGUUGCCAUACCAGGCGAUGUUCGGAAUAUGGGGAAGCUGGUUGGGUGUCUUUCUAAACUUCAUGUGUCUGGUUGCACAGUUUUACACUGCGCUUUGGCCUAUUGGUGGGAGUCCAGAUGCAGAAGCUUUCUUCAGCGCCUAUAUUGCCUUGCCUCUCAUCAUUGCUCUUUACGUCAUUUGGAAAGCGUAUUCUUGGUUUCACAUCCCGGAACACCGCCCGUUAUUCGUUAAGAUUAAGGAUAUUGAUCUCUAUGCGGGAAUGCGGGAAGGACAGUUCCAGUUCUCUGGUGAAGGUGUCCCAGUGGAGGAGAGGAGGAGAAGCAUUACGGAACUCGAGCAAAGCAAGAAGAAGACUCCGCUCGGAUAUGUCAAGAGUGUUGUCGGUGCUCUCUUUUAA